AUGAAGAUCAAGCGCAAGGAAGAUCCAGCCAGCAUGGGUAGGCUGGGUAACGAUGGGACUGCACUUCUGCGGGUGCCUGUCCGCCUGAAUGGGCGACCCAUCCACACCCUGGUGGACAUGGUGGCGACUCACUCACCUGGUGGUGGAGGGGAGCUGUCAGCCAGAGCAGGAGGAAGUCCUGCUAGCAACAGAGGGAGCCAGCACGCCCAUGUCUGGGUGCACACAGACCGCCCAAAGACAGCCUUCACCGCCCCCGACGGCCGCAGGUUACAGUUCUGCGUCAUGCUGUUCGGGCUGAUGAAUGCCCCCGCGAUGUUCCAGGCCAUGAUGUUCCGCGUCCUGGACGGGUUCGACGGCAAGUUUGUCACGGCCUACCUGGACGACGUGAUCAUCUAG